GAGGCAUGGGCUUUGUCUGAUGAAACUCUUUCUCAUUUGUUACAGAUGUGCAUCUGUUCACUAUACUGCAGAUCUGCCGGCCACAAGCAUUAUUAUCACUUUUCACAAUGAGGCUCGCUCCACUUUGCUCCGUACAGUGAAAAGUGUUCUAAAUCGCACUCCUGCAAAUUUGAUUCAGGAAAUAAUUUUAGUGGAUGAUUUCAGCUUGGAUCCUGAAGACUGCCAGCUACUUACCAGAAUCCCAAAAGUCAAGUGUCUACGCAAUGGACGUCGAGAAGGUCUAAUCCGCUCCCGAGUACGAGGUGCUGAUACAGCAACAGCUGAUAUUCUCACCUUCCUGGAUAGCCACUGUGAAGUGAACAAUGAAUGGUUGCAGCCAAUGCUUCAGAGAGUAAGAGAGGAUUAUACUCGGGUGGUGAGUCCUAUCAUUGAUGUCAUCAGCUUGGACAAUUUUGCCUACCUAGCAGCAUCAGCAGAUUUGAGAGGAGGAUUUGACUGGAGUCUUCAUUUUAAAUGGGAACAGAUUCCCAUUGAGCAAAAGUUGUCACGGACAGACCCUACCCAAUCUAUUAGAACACCUGUCAUAGCAGGAGGAAUCUUUGUGAUCAAUAAGUCUUGGUUUAACCAUCUUGGAAAAUAUGACGCACAGAUGGAUAUCUGGGGAGGAGAGAACUUCGAGCUUUCUUUCCGUGUCUGGAUGUGUGGAGGUAGCUUGGAGAUUGUCCCCUGCAGUCGAGUGGGUCACGUUUUCAGAAAACGCCAUCCGUAUGACUUCCCUGAGGGCAAUGCAUUAACCUAUAUCAAAAAUACCAAACGUACAGCAGAGGUAUGGAUGGAUGAAUACAAACAGUAUUAUUAUGAAGCCAGACCUUCUGCCAUUGGAAAGUCAUUUGGAAGUAUUGCAGACCGAGUGGAACGACGCAGGAAGCUGAGCUGUAAAUCCUUUCAAUGGUAUUUGGAGAAUGUCUAUCCGGAACUCAAAGUCCCAGAAAAGGAACUGAUUCCAGGGAUCAUCAAGCAAGGAGCAAAUUGUUUGGAAUCUCAAGGCCAGGAUACAGCGGGAAAUUCUCUAGCUGCGAUUGGAAGCUGUAAAGGGUCAGUGAACAACCCUGUUGCUACUCAGGAGUGGAUUUUCAGUGACCCUUUAAUCAGACAGCAGGACAAGUGUCUCUCAAUCACCUCCUUUUCUACUGGCUCACAAGUCACAAUCGAGGCAUGCAACCAGAAAGAUGGCAGACAGAAAUGGAAGAUGAAAGGUAGCUUCAUCCAACAUUUUGUCAGUGGCCUUUGCUUAGAAAAUGAGUCCAGCAGAUUAGUGACCAACAUCUGUCAGUCGGAUAUUCUGGGUCAACAGUGGGAGCUGAUCCAAGCGACAUGAUGGUUGCCCAGCAUCUUUUGGUUCUGAUACCUUUUGCAUGAGACUCUGGGAACAGAAGGGGCUAGGGAGGGGUAUGAAUUCUGGUUUUCUUUAAACCUAAAUGUUUUGACUAUGAUCCUCAGCCAAUAACCAUUUCAGAUGAAAUGUCACUGUUUUUUGGAUUUAUGUUAAAGAAGAAGUCGAAGCUGUACGGCAACAUCAGUCGAAAUGACCCACCUUGUCCCACUUUGAGUAACAGUGGGAACACUGGGUGCGGAAGAAUCUGUCUCAGUAACCAAUAUGUGUUUUAAGCCUGACUGAUAGCAGUUCCCUUCCCUUCCUUUGUCUCCAGAGAAACCUGUGGUCUAUGAUCCCAUGGAGUUGCUGUCUGUGACUAAUAGGCUCAAUGUAAACUCCUGAUGCUUUCAGACAUGUCACCUCUCAUUUUGCAUGUGUGUCAUACCGUUUGAUUUAUGGAAAGGUUGGUAAGAAAAGGGGACAGACUAGGUUAUGGGAAAGUGCAACAUUGAGGAAAAUUGAGGAAGAAGUAAUGCCUUUUUUUUCUAAAUGUGUUCGAUUACUGGAGCAGAUUGAUAUUAUCCCUUGCAGAGAAAGGGUUCCCUGGUUUCUCUGGCAAGUAGGAUUGAUAAAACUUCAAGAAGAAAGCUAAACCGGUCUUCAUCAAGGAAGAUAUCUGGUAUAUUUCUUAUACUUUAAACCUGAAGCACAGAAACAUUGUUAAAAAGUACAUGAACAAAGGGUCCCUUUUUUCUACCCUCUGGAGAGAACACAUAUUAUUUCCUUCUGCUUUCAUCAAUAUGUGCUUGGCAUACAAUUGUGGGGAAAAGGCAGCUUGUGAUAACAAUUCUGUAUUUUUGCAAACACAGCUUGGGCUGAUGGCCAAAGGGUCAACUUGUGCUUGGAUUUUUCCACUCAGUCCUUUUAGGUUAAUCAAAAUUGGAUUUCUUCCUAAGGGCCUAUCAGCUAUUUCUCAGCCUAGUUCUGUCUGGGGAAUCUUUUGGAGCCAAGCCCAAAGCAAAGCUAUUUUUCCUUAUGUGUGUUAUGUGCUCACUGAAAAACAUGAACCUGGACUGUUGGGAAAGAUUCUCACAAUAAUUCCACAUCACCCAGUAAAGUGCAAAGAGUGUGACCUCCAGCACCUUUACUGAUGGCAAAAUGGCAGUGCUUGCUCUGAAUUCAUUUGAGAAAGAAAUUUUUUAAUGAACAUUUGCUUGGGAAUCUCAACUGAAUAGAUCAGAAGGAGUCUGGUAGCAUCUUUGCCAACUAAUUAAUUAUGUUAAAAGGCAUAAGCUUUCAGUCGCUGCAUCUCACUCUAUCAUAAUGAUCUGAUGAAAUGAGAUGAUCACAAAUACUUGGACCUUUUAAUAAAAUUGGUUAGUUGGAAAAGGCGCCGCCAGAUCUCUUCCGGUUUUUGGCUAACAUAGACUCACACACCUCUCUUCUUACAAAGUCAGCUGAAUAAAGUGGAAGUUACUUCUAAAUAAAUGCAUGGAAGAUUGAACUAAACAUCAUCUAGGUGUCAAUGGAUCUGAGCAUUGACUACAUUGGUUGAACAUCAGCAAAAUGUCAACCUGUUUACCAAUUGAGGAAGCCAUAUGCCAUAAGUUAUCAAAUCUGAAUUUGAGACAACAUAUUUGAUGGGCCUUUCAUUUUAGUUAAUUGUCAAAAUACUAUGCUCUCUUCCACUCUGGUUUGAAAUAUGAAAGUAACAGAAGACGUAAGUUACACUUAAAUGGUCAUUAUGAGUCUAACUAAUGAAUUGGUCAUUUGUACAACAGGAAUACUCUCUGCUUGUCAAUCAUCUCCAGUAUAAGAAACCAUUCCCAUACAGACAAAGGUAAUACCAGGAUUAUUCUAACAAUAUCUUUUAGGGCAGAUAGCUGCAAAUGUGAAGGAUCAAUAUCACUAAACUUUAGGAAAAUCCUCCCCUCAGUACCUAAUUAUUUCUAAUGGGUUACAUUGGACUCUCAUGUUGGUGGAUGCUGUAGUAGUGACCUGUAAGCAUAUCUUCAACUCAUUUCUGGGAGAAAAUACGAAGAGUGUAGGAGGUUUUUCAAGUUAGUAAAUAAAGUUUAUGGAGACUCUCAAAAUUGUAAGAUCACACACUUUGUAUAACUUCUGUAUUAUAUAUAUAGCAAGAACUGAUAACUUUCCUUUAAUGUAAGAAAGGGUUUGACAGUUGCAAAGAUUUGAAUGUUCAUAUUAUUUAUUACAAAUGGCAUCUUGUAUAUAUCUACCCAGAAUAAUAAAUUCAAGGGAAUUUAAUACCCAAGAAAAGAGUACAGAAUUGCAGUGUAAGGGCAUUUUGGGAGUGCAGAAAGACAGGUUGUUCCUAUCACCAACAAUGGGGGGAAAAUUGUGAAUCAUUCCUUCUGGACAACGUUUUGAUAAUAAGAAAAAAAAUGUGGCAAUGACAGUAGAAAGAAGCAAGGAGGCUACAACUGGAAGACAUAUCAUCUGAUCCCCUGUAAUAUUUGGUGAAUUGUGUGUCAUUUUUGACUUUUAGGGACCACAUAGACUUUCUCCAUGACAAUGUAUCCCUGCCUUGUUCUUUCAAGCCUCCCAAAGGUUCACUCAUUGCCACCUUAACUAGACUAGCCACCUUGUUACUUAAAAGUGAGCAAUUUGCAUAAGAAAAUACUAAUCUGAAGCACUCCAGAUGUUACACCUGUUUCUAAACUAGAUACCAAGACUUUAAGAUGCCUGGGUUUCAAUAACAAGCCCAGCCUGGGAAUCCCAUCCAUCCAAGAUGCUUCUAGGGAUUUUCUAUUGUGCGGUAACCUUGACGUGUAUUCCCAGAAUACUUUUCAGUGGGGGGAGGGAGUGGAACCAAUUUGGAGAAAAUGGAAAAAACACUAUUAAACCUUUCAAUUAAUAGCAUUACCAGUAUCAAAAAGAAAUCCCAGGAAGAUGACAGUUAGGCAAGCAAUGAUAUCCAGAUUUUUUUAAAAAUAUUCAAAGUAAUGCUACUCUUAUCCAAUGCUUAAGAGCAUAAGCUGAUGUUAGGAAGAAGCAUAAGAUUAAUUCAUCCUAACAUCUUUUCAGCCAGAGAAGGGCAUUUUAAGUCUAUGACACACACACACACACACACCCCCAUAUGGGUCUCAAGCCCUCUUUUAUUGCAGUCCCCAGAAAGUGUGACACUGAAAUACAGGACCAUGAAUUCCUCCUGAAUGUUUGGAGAGAAAAUACCAAAAAGAUGCUCAAGGUUUGUUUAAACUUAUCUUAGUAAAACCAGAAACAACUUGUCUUAAAUAGCCUGGAAAUCGUGGUUUCAUCAAGCUAUUCACCACUGUUGCUCUCUAAAGCCUAUAUAUGCCAAAAGGUUGCCAAUUUUGCUUCAGAAAGAGGCCUCUGAUUCAGACACACAUUCGUGCUCAUGCUUGCAAAUGCUGUUACUUGCUAGUUUUGAAGGGCAUUAAUCCAAGUGGAAGAUAGGGAUGGCUGGAAUAUAGGCAUCCACCAAAAGGAUGACGAAACGUGGAUCAUAAUGUCAACUCUGUCACUUACAUUUUUGUGUGCAGUGUUACAAUACCAAGAAAGUAUCAACAUC